GCUGCAGCGCGUGACGCGGGGGCGCGCAGCGGCUCGGAAGCGUGCGGGCAGCAUCGGGGCAGCGGGCGAUCGGGUGACAUGGCGGCUGCGGCGAUGACCACUGAGCUCGAGGUGCCAGAGCCGAUGCCGAGCUACGCGCAGAUGUUGCAGCGAAGCUGGGCCUCGGCGCUGGCAGCGGCACGGGGCUGCGGGGACUGCGGCUGGGGAUUGGCACGCCGCGGCCUGGCGGAGCACGCGCACCUGGCUGCGCCCGAGCUGCUGCUGGCCGCGCUGUGCGCUCUGGGCUGGACCGCUCUGCGCUCGGUGGCCACCGCGCGCCUCUUUCGGCCCCUGGCCAAGCGGUGUCGUCUGCAGCCCAGAGAUGCUGCCAGGUUACCAGAGAGCGCCUGGAAGCUUCUGUUCUACUUGGGCUGUUGGAGCUAUUGUGCCUACCUGCUCCUGGGUACCCGUUACCCUUUCUUCCAUGACCCGCCCUCCGUCUUCUAUGAGUGGAGGUCGGGCAUGGCGGUGCCCUGGGACAUAGCCACCGCCUACUUGCUGCAGGGCAGCUUCUACUGCCAUUCCAUCUAUGCCACCGUGUACAUGGACACCUGGCGCAAGGACUCUGCAGUCAUGCUGGUGCAUCACGUGGUCACCCUGCUCCUCAUCGCCUCUUCCUACGCCUUCCGGUACCACAAUGUAGGCCUCCUCGUGUUCUUCCUGCACGAUGUUAGCGAUGUGCAACUGGAGUUCACCAAGCUCAACAUCUACUUCAAGGCCAGGGGCGGCGUCUACCACCGUUUGCACGGGCUGGUGGCCAACCUGGGCUGCCUCAGCUUCUGCUUCUGCUGGUUCUGGUUCCGCCUCUACUGGUUCCCGCUGAAGGUUCUGUAUGCCACCUGCCACUCCAGCCUGCGGUCGGUGCCCGACAUUCCGUACUAUUUCUUCUUCAACACACUCUUGCUGCUCCUCACUGUCAUGAACAUCUACUGGUUCCUGUACAUCCUGGCUUUCGCUGCCAAGGUGCUAACUGGCCAGAUGCGCGAACUGGAGGACUUGAGGGAGUACGACACUUUGGAAGCUCAGACCACCAAGCCCUGCAAAGCUGAGAAGCCGCUGAGGAAUGGCCUGGUGAAGGACAAGCUCUUCUGAGUCCCUGUCCUCAACUCGGCCGUCCAGGACUCCUCCUACCCUACCUGGGAGACUGGCCCCGCCCCUGGAGACUCGAUCCAGUUCCUGGAGGUCUGCUCCCACCCCUGGGGACCUGGCCCCGCCUUUGGAGGCAUGGCCUCGCCCCCAGGGCGCCCGGGUUGCCACUCUUCUCCAGGGACCCUGGCUGCCAGCCGCUCCGCCUUCCAGGUCGACCCUAGACCACCCACCUUGGGACCGCCGCCCAGUCCUGCCCUCCAGAUCAGUGGGGCUCGGACACGCCCCCUCUAGGACCUCAAAACCCCCUGGACCUGUGGCCUCCAGCCUACUGGUCCCGGACACAGUGGAUCCCGCUGACUCUCGGACACCGCCUGGGAGGAAAAUGCUCCCUGUCCGCCACCAUUCUGGUGGCCGCCUCCUCUUUCUGCUCCUGCUCCUGCUCCCCUCAACGCCCCCGGCCCGCGCACCAGCACCCUCGGACCCCGCCUCUGCCCUGCUCCGGGCUCUGGGGCUGCACGAAGCGCCCCGGGGCGUCCCCACGCUCCGGCCUGUGCCUCCUGUCAUGUGGCGCCUGUUCCGACGCCGCGACCCCCAAGAGGCCAGAGCGGGGUACCCUCUGCGACCGUGCCACGUGGAGGAACUGGGGGUCGCCGGAAACAUCGUGCGCCACAUCCCGGACAGCGGUUUGUUGUCCAGGCCCCUAGAGCCCGCCAGGACCUCGGGACUGUGCCCCAAGUGGACUGUCGCCUUCGACCUGUCUGGUGUGGAGCCUGUGGAGCGCCCGACACGCGCGCGGCUGGAGUUGCGGCUGGAGGCUGCGAACGGGGACAUGCGCGGGUGGGAGCUAAGCGUGGCACUGUCGGCAGAGGCCGAGCAUCCCGGGCCUGAGCUGCUGCGUGUGCCUGUGCCACCCGGGCUGCCACUGCGCGCCGACCUACUUGGGGCCGCGGUGGCUGCCAACGCGUCGGUGCCGCGCACCCUGCGCCUGGCGCUGUCGCUGCACCGUGGAGCCGCCACCGCCUGCGCGCGUCUGGCCGAGGCCUCGCUGCUGCUGGUGACGCUGGACCCGCGCCUGUGUCCCCCGCCACGGUCGCGGCGCCACACAGAGCCUGGGGUGGGCGGAAGUUCGGAAGGCACGUGCCGCACGCGACGGCUGCACGUGAGCUUCCGCGAGGUGGGCUGGCAUCGUUGGGUGAUCGCACCUCGUGGCUUCCUGGCCAACUUCUGCCAGGGCACGUGCACGCUGCCCGAAGCGCUGCCAGGACCCGGAGGGCCACCUGCAUUCAACCACGCCAUCCUGCGAGCGCUUAUGCACGCAGCCGCCCCCACUCCGGGCGCAGGCCCGCCCUGCUGCGUGCCCGCGCGCCUGUCACCCAUCUCCGUUCUCUUCUUCGACAACAGUGAUAACGUGGUGCUGCGACACUACGAGGACAUGGUGGUGGAUGAGUGUGGCUGCCGCUGACCACCCGGAACACCCUUGCAGGGACAGCCCCAUGCGAAAGCAAGGACCAUUUGUUCAUGUUUUAUUGGUGACAAAAAGCUUAAAACAAAUUUGACCAAAAAUUAA